AUGAUCACUACGCAAAAGGCGUUCAACAAGAGUUUAGUCGACGAAAACACGCAAAUAAUCUUCCUGGACGAGGCACAUGCCAACCUGAUGGACCCAGAUGACUGGAAAAUAUUGACGCAGGGAGGGCUAACAGCCCACGACCGCAAGUAUAGGACGUCUGAAAGUAAUAAGAUGCCCCAUGUUUAUCACUUGUCAGACUGACCUGGAUUUCGGCAGGAGUUCAAGAAUUCCUACGAGACAAUGCAAUGUAUUUCAUUGUCUGGGUAUAUGGUUUUGCAAGAACACCGGACGAUGAACUACCCCCUCCCAUCCCGAGGACCAGUUUAGUUCCGGAGCACAUUGACGAAGAAGAGAAUGAACGAAGCGGAGAGAGAAAGAAGAGAAAGAGGCGGAGGUGAACACGACUACAGAAUUCAGUGAUCAAGAAAGAGAGAGUGAAGACUCGGAUGCUGAUUCGACUUACUUGGGCCAAUGGGAGAAGAGUCCAAAGUACAUCGAGCUUCAGCGAGAGCAAGAGCCACAGCCUCAAACAAAGGCAACUAAAUCUACUCGCAGCUGGGGUAAAACGCGCAGUGGAGGACAUUAACAACCAAGACCAACGAGCACGAAAACGUGCUCUAGAAGAAACACGUCAACGAUGGAUCUCGCUCGUUAUGAUGAGGGAAGGUGACGUCCCUUUGCUCCAGUCAGUGAGCAACGCCUACCAUUCAAACAUCGAAGAAGGGAAGAAUACUUUGCAAAGAAAAAAGAACAACAACAAUGGAUGCUAG